AUGAAUCGAGACCAGAAGGCCCGAGGCAUCGUCCGCGCCGCCGUUACGAGGCUCAUUCAUCGGCUCGAAGCCCUCCCCAAUAGUGAUGAGCCCUCGCUCCCCGAAGUCGAAGAUACGGCGCGCAUCCUUGAGCAGAAGUCUAGGGAGCUCAAGCAUCUCGACACAACCGUUCAAGCAGGAAUAAGCGACGAGCAGUUCGAGGAAGAUUUCACAGCGGCCAGUCGGUAUCAGGACGACAUCUGCCUCGCGGUUUCCAAGGCCCAACGCCUCAUACGAAGCUCUGCGGUUGCUCCUACAGCUCUCUCCGAUCAACGCCCGCAAACUGCACCUUCAAUUGCCGCCGGUAGCCACCAGUCAGCCACGGUUCGGUCCGUCGUUCUUCCCAAGUUGCACGUGCCUGCAUUCUCGGGCAAGGUGGAUGAUUGGCAGGGAUUUUGGGACCACUACCGGACAACGAUUCAUGAGUAUGCUUCCCUGCCAAAGAUAGAGAAGUUAUAUCUUCUCUCUUAUCUGUCCGGACCUGCUAGGCGAGCCAUCGAAUGGAUUGGGAUUUCUGAUUCCAAUUACGAGACGGCCAUCAGUACACUGCAACAAAGAUUCGGACGACAGGCAGCACUCGUGGACGCACACAUCGACAAGCUCUUAAGUCUUCAUCCUGUAGCAGCUGCGAAGGACGUCGAGAAGCUGAGGGAUCUCUACGACUCAAUCAAGUUCAGAACGGGCUGCCUCAACAACCUCGGCGUUCCCCAAUCAACUUACGCGGUGAUACUGCAUCGCGUUGUGAUGCGCUGCCUUCCUGAGGAGCUGGCCGUCGAGUUUCGGCAACGGCAGAUCGAGCGCGCUGAGUCGACCGGCCCCACCGCCGGGUCCACUACCUCACAGUCUGUUACGAGCGACAUCCUUACCGCAGAACGGAUCAAAGCCGUCGAAGACGUAAUGAAGUUUUUUUGUAGUCACAUAGAAAGUCGAGAAGACUGCCGCCUCGCCCAUCGCAAGCCUCCCGCACGUGAAUCUUCAGACUCGUUCAGUGAUGCUCCCCCGACAGCCUUGUCCUUAACCGCACGAUCGACACCGACAAGCAGUCCUCCACGGAGUUGCACGCUAUGCAACAGCACUGCCCAUGGGAUAACGGAAUGUCAAGCCACGCUUCCUCCGUCUGCGGCCAAUCGCUGUUGCUUCAAAUGCAACAAACGCAACCAUUUAGCGCGGGAAUGUCGAUCGUCGAGAUCACUCACAUGCAUGACAUGUCGUGGGCACCACCUUUCACUGCUUCACGACAUUCAACCAAGCCGUCCUGAUCGCUCUCCGGCUGCCGUCAACGCCGUCCAUACCCCCGACCCGGGAUCACAAAUCCAGAUACCCAACCGGGAGCACCGAGACAGUUCAAGCGCAUCCAAUUCACCGGUGACCACAGCAGCGUGCCUCCGACGAACUUUUGUUUUGUUGCAAACUGCUCGAGCUUUCGCCAUCGGAAACACCGGCACUGGUCUUGUUCGUGUGCUCUUCGACACUGGUAGCCAUCGUUCCUAUAUCCUAUGCCUUGUUUUGCAUUAUUUUUUUGUGCCCUCACUACUUUCUAACAAGAAUUUGGAUUUCCUCCUCACUACCUCCUUUGUUCCCUUUCUCUAA